UAUAACUUUUUUGCUUACAAAUUUAAGUUAAUUUGCUCUAUGAAAAAAAAGUACGCGGUUUUGCAUUAACUAAUAUUUUGAAGACCAGAUAUUUUUCCAGUUAAUGGAAAGAACACCACAUAAAGAAAUUAAACAUUGCAACUGUUCAUGUGUAUCCAAAUAUGGUCUUGGAAUUUUUCCUAUUCUAUUUGGAGUUUGUGUUAUGUUAACUUUUAUCAUUUCAUACACAAUUGCAGUAAUUGAUAGACAUAUAGAUCCUUUUUUCCCCAGAAUCAGUGACACUGGAAGUAAGAAACCUGAAAGCAAUGUAUUUGGAUUACUUUUAAGCAUUUGCAGUUUUCUUGGAUUCAGUGUUGCUGUUAUACGCUUUAUUCAGCUUAACCAUAAAUUAAAAACUAAUGAAUUGAUUGCUUCUAGAGUUUUACUUAUAAACAAAAUAGGUCUCUUUUUUGGAGUUGUUGCUUGUUUUGGGGUAGUUGUAGUUGCAAAUUUUCAGGAUCAAGGAGAAUCUUCUGAAUUUCAUGAUGUAGGUGCUGUAUUUGUAUUUGGAGGUGGUGUGGUUUAUUGUUGUUUUCAGACAUAUCUCACCGCUUGUACGCUGCAAUGUGGAUUUAAUUCAAAAUGUCUUUAUUAUGUUAGAUUGAUUCUCUGUAUUUCAAGUGCUAUAUUAUUUAUACUUUUUGGUGUUUCUUUUUACUUUUCAAGCAAUGCCACAAGUAAAGCACUGAAGCAUUUGUUAACUAUUUGGAAGUCCACUGAUCCAGGUUAUAAAAUGCAUAUUACAAGUUCUUUAUCAGAAUGGUUUUGUGCUGUGUGUUUAUUAAUUUAUUUUAUAAGUUUCAGCAAAGAAUUCUAUGAAGUUAAAAUUGGAUUUACUAUAAAAAGAAAUGAGCUUGGUUAUCAAAGUAUUCCACAGUUUGUUUAACUUUAAAAAUAUUU